AUGAAAGGUUCCAAAUUCCUCUAUCCGGCACUACUCAAAACCCUCAUCGUUCCUCCCCUCCUCUUCUCAUUAUGUGUCCACCUAUUCGCUUUAAACCAUCUGAAGACAAUAUUGAAAAUCUUAGGUUAUAUCCUCUCAUUUCCUAUCAUCUAUAUCAUCCGCUCACAUAUCUCGGUCUACCUAUCAUCUCGAAGAGCGAGGUUGAUGGGAUCAAGGAAUAUACCUAGAGUGAAGGGACGUUGGCCAUUGAAUUUGGAUAUAUUAGUAGAUUGGGCUAAAUCCGGUUCAGAAGAGGAAGUAGGUAGGAUGAUGGUUUUGUUGCAGAGGAAGUGGGGAAGAACGUACAAUACGAGGGUGUUAGGUGAAGAUCAGGUAAUUUCAUCGGACCCAGCUGUACUGAAGCAUGUCUUAAUGGAUGAUUUCGAUAAUUUCGUCAAAGGUGAGAAAUUCAAAGAUAGAGCGGUUGAUUUCUUAGGUGAUGGGAUAUUCAAUUCCGAUGGUGACAGAUGGAAGUUUCAUCGAUCAUUGAUGAGACCGUUCUUUCACCCCGCUCACAUCUCCCCUAAACUCUUUACACCUUCCAUACGAGCGUUCUUAGAUGAGGUGCCAUCUGAUGGAAAAGGUUUUGAUAUACAAAAGGAACUGGGGAAAUUGGCUUUGGAAAUGGCCAUCUUAUGGAUGACGGGUGAACAUCUCUCUUCGACCACUUCUUCUGCAAAAGUGAGAUUGGAAGGGAAUAAGGAUGAAGAUGAGGAAUGGGAGAAAUCGAAAGAUAAAUUGGGAGAUGCCAUGACUCAAGCUCAGAGGAUAGUAGGGAAAAGAGUGAAGAUUGGGACUGUCUGGCCUCUGUUCGAGCUUACUUAUGAUCCACUUAUCGAACCGAUGAAAAUCAUACGGACUUUCUUCAAACCUAUCAUCGAAAGGGCGAUCAAGAGGAAGCAUGAUCGACAUAACCUCGUCGAUGAUGAAAAGCAGGAUGAGGAUCAUCUGCAUUUGAUCGAUCACCUGGUAGAUGCUACCGAUGAUAGGAAAUUGAUUGAAGAUCAACUGAUAAAUACCUUACUCGCUGCUAGAGAUACUCUUGCGUCGUGUUUGACUUUUUGCGUAUAUGUAUCGAUACUCCAUUCAGAGGUGGGAUCAAAGCUUAGAGAAGAGAUUAGGUUGAUAGCUGGAGAAGGAGAUGGAGAUGGGGAGAUCACGAAAGAUGUGAUUAGGGAAUUGAGGUAUACUCGAGCAUAUAUCAAUGAGGUCCUGAGAUUAUAUCCACCAGUCCCACUAAAUAUCAGACGCACACUCCGACCAUCACUCUUGCCCAUUUCUUCAGGUGGUCAACCAAUGUACAUGCCCGCCAAUACGUCUAUCAUCCUAGCUUUCAUACUGAUGCAACGAGAUGAGAAAGUUUGGGGAGACGAUGUGAAUAAUUUCAAACCUGAAAGAUGGUUGAAUGACGGAUUGGGAAAGAAGGAGAGAGAAGCUUUUAUGAGUUGGAAUUAUGGUCCUAGGAUGUGUUUAGGUCAACCGUUCGCUCUUACCGUGACUCAUACAUUCUUGAUCCUCUUCUCUCGUCAUUUAGACAAAUUGUCUUCAGAAGGGAAAAAGUUGAAUUUCGCAUAUGAUUCUCAACCUGAAGGUACUUCUAUUCCUUCUUUGUGGACGACGGAGGAAGGAUGUGAUGGACGUGCGAGGGGUGGGAAGGAUGGGAUGUGGGUUGUUGCCGAUGUGGUACUGGCUAUCAAGGGUGGUUUAUGGGUAAGAUUCGAUUCUGUAGAGACGAGUAGUGAUCGAUGA